UUUCAGCCAGAGGUUUAACUUUUGGAGAUUCUCCAUCUUUGAUUGACUCCUUACUAACUCAAAGAUUUUUGGUAAUUACAGCGGUUGUCUGUUCUGCAGUUAUUGAAAACCAUUCAUUGUCUCAGUAUGCAUUCAUUCAGUCACUUUAAUCCAACUGUAGUUUGUUUGCCUAUAAGUCUGGUUCGUUGGGGGAGAUGUGAAUGUGUUAUCAGCCAAAAAAGCAAAUUUUAAAGUUGUUUUCACACCAGGUAGUCUGGGUAGUCCGGGAGAUUCGGUACAAUUUGGGACCAAAGUUGCAACAUUUGUUAAAUUGAUGUGAUUCUCUUGUGUCAAACCAACCAAAGCAAAUAAGAAACCUGUUCCCCUCCUCGCCUGUGGGGGCGCUACACCAAGAUCCACUGAAUGAAAGAACACAAAAACCUCCGAGUGCAACUUCCUUCUUCAUGAAAUGUAAGCAAAAAUGGCGUUUGUAGGAUUUCUCUCUUGUCAUUGGUAAAAGAUCAGCCAUUUCUGACUCUAGCACAAGGCUAGCGUCUUAGUUUUUAUUUACCCAGAAUGCCAUGCACUGUAGUCAACUUCCUGCUUUGGAACAGUCUCAGGUUUCUUGUAUUCAGAUUGAAACCACACUAAGGUUGACUUCAACCAAACCAAGACCGAGGUUUGUUGGCGCACCAGAGUUCACUUUAGAGUUCGAUUAGCAUUCACACCUCCCAAACAAACCGGACUUUUCUGCGCAGACGGACUGGAGCUGGAUUAGAGCGGACUAAACAAGAUUUCUCUUUUCUCUCCAGCUAAAGAGAAAAGAAAUCCUCCAACUGCUAAAAUUAAGUUUUGGUCCCAAUCAAACCAAGUCUGCCAGACUCUCAGGUGUGAAAACACCCUUAGACUGGGGAAACUGGUAUUUUCCCAGUCUGUAUUUGGGUUAUGGAUUUAAUACAAAAGGGUAAAAUCGGGACAAAAAUCAGCAUAAAAAAGUCUUUGUGUAAACUAGACCUUCUUAUUUGUUGACUCAUUUAGCUUUUUAUCACUGUCUACAAAACUGUAACAUUUAAAUGUUAUUUUUGUCCGUAAAGUUUAAUCAGUCAAACCGCGUCAUUGUAACCUUAUUUACUUGUGUGUUAUGCAGAAUCAGUUCUUUUCGCUCCAUCUCCUGGAGCUUUAGAGGAAGGGCUGGAGGUUUAAAUCAGGAGCUUUAGAGGAAGGGCUGGAGGUUUAGAUCAGGAGCUUUAGAGGAAGGGCUGGAGGUUUAGAUCAGGAGCUUUAGAGGAAGAGCUGGAGGUUUAGAUCAGCAGCUUUAGGGGAAGGGGCCAGAGAACAGGGGAGGGACAUAAAGUCAGGCUGGCAGGAGGAGCGCUGAGUCCAGGGCAGGAGAGCGAAGGCGAAGCUGCUCCCAUCAUGCUGCGGUUCGUAGCGCUGACCUGCGUCCUCUGCCUGGGAGGAAACCUGGUAACGGGACAGAGGGAUGGAGAAAUUAUCAGUCAGAUUAAAAUGACAAACCUCGCUUUGGCCGAGAUUAAAGAGCUGCUGAAGCAACAGGUCAGAGAAAUAGUGUUCCUAAAGAAUACAGUCAUGGAGUGUGAAGCCUGUGGAAUGGGGGGCAUCCAGCCCGUCUCUCCCUGUGAGCCCAACCCCUGCCAUCCCGGUGUGAAGUGCUCAGAGUCCCCUGAGGGCCCGCAGUGUGGAGCCUGUCCUGAUGGCAUGGAGGGCAACGGGACGCGCUGCACGGACGUGGACGAGUGUAAGGUGAUGCCGUGCCACAUGGGGGUCCGCUGCAUCAACACCUCCCCUGGUUUCCGCUGCGGUUCCUGUCCUGCCGGAUACACCGGACCUCAGGUCCAGGGGGUUGGACUCGCUUACGCCACAGCCAACAAACAGGUGUGCAAAGACAUAGAUGAGUGUGAAGGUUCCAGCAAUGGUGGCUGUGUGGAAAACUCUGUCUGUCUGAACACUCCUGGCUCGUUCAGAUGCGGUCCCUGUAAGCCCGGCUAUGUUGGGGACCAACGACUCAGCUGUAAGCCUGAGCGGGCCUGUGGGAACGGCCAGCCCAAUCCCUGCCACGCCAGCGCCGAGUGCAUCGUCCACCGAGAGGGGACAAUCGAAUGUCAGUGCGGAGUGGGACGGGCAGGUAACGGAUACCUGUGUGGAACGGACACAGACAUCGAUGGCUUCCCUGACGAGAAGCUGAGCUGUCCUGAUCUAACCUGUAACAAGGAUAACUGCCUCACCGUGCCAAACUCCGGCCAGGAGGACGCCGACAACGAUGGGAUUGGAGACGCCUGUGAUGACGACGCAGAUGGGGAUGGGAUCCCAAACACACAGGAUAAUUGCAAGCUGGUGCCCAACGUUGAUCAGACAAACAUUGAUGAGGACGACUUUGGAGAUGCGUGCGACAACUGCAGAGCGGUGAAAAACAACGACCAGAAAGACACGGAUCUGGACACACUUGGUGAUGAAUGCGAUGAAGAUAUGGACGGAGACGGAAUCAUAAAUGUCAUGGACAACUGCAAAAGGGUUCCCAAUGUUGACCAGAAAGACAGAGAUGAAGACAAAGUUGGAGACGCCUGCGACAGCUGUCCCUACGUUCCCAACCCAGACCAGAUGGACGCAGACAAUGACUUGAUUGGAGAUCCAUGUGACACCAACAAGGACAGUGAUGGCGACGGACACCAAGACUCCCGGGACAACUGCCCCGCCGUCAUCAACAGCUCUCAGCUGGACACAGACAAAGACGGAAAGGGGGACGAGUGUGAUGACGACGACGAUGAUGAUGGGAUCCCUGACCUGCUGCCGCCUGGUCCUGAUAACUGCCGUCUGGUGCCCAACCCUCUGCAGGAGGACUUGGAUGGUGAUGGUGUCGGUGAUGUGUGUGAGAAGGAUUUUGAUAACGACACCAUCAUCGAUCCCAUUGAUGCCUGUCCUGAAAAUGCAGAAGUCACCCUUACCGACUUCAGGGAGUACCAGACGGUCGUUCUGGACCCGGAAGGAGACGCACAGAUAGACCCCAACUGGGUGGUGCUGAACCAGGGAAGAGAAAUCGUCCAGACUAUGAACAGUGACCCUGGCUUGGCUGUUGGCUACACUGCGUUCAGCGGCGUGGAUUUUGAAGGGACGUUUCAUGUAAACACAGUAACGGACGACGACUACGCCGGGUUUAUCUUCGGCUACCAGGACAGCUCCAGCUUCUACGUGGUGAUGUGGAAGCAGGUGGAGCAGAUCUACUGGCAGGCGAACCCGUUUAGAGCCGUGGCGCAGCAAGGCAUCCAGCUCAAGGCGGUGAAGUCGAGCACAGGGCCGGGUGAGAACCUGAGAAACGCCCUGUGGCACACCGGAGACACCGGAGACCAGGUGAAGCUCCUGUGGAAAGAUCCUCGCAACGUGGGCUGGAAGGACAAAACUUCGUAUCGCUGGUUCCUGCAGCACCGACCCGCUGAUGGCUACAUCAGAGUCCGUUUCUAUGAGGGCCCUCAGAUGGUGGCAGACACCGGCGUCAUCAUAGACGCCACGAUGAGAGGAGGCCGGCUCGGCGUCUUCUGCUUCUCCCAGGAGAACAUCAUCUGGGCCAACCUGCGGUACCGCUGCAACGACACUCUUCCUGGGGACUUUGACACCUACAGGACCCAGCAGGUCCAGCUGGUGGCCUGAGGACUAAUGACAAACAUUUUCAGGAAACAUCAGUGAUAAACAGACAGAACCGGCCUUAUGGGAUGUGUUCGAAUUGUUGAAUCCGAAAAUAAAUCUAUCGUAAAUGAUGCCGUUGGAAAGUCAAUACAUAAAUAAUGACUUAAGUAAUUUAUAAAUGUGGAGAAAGUUGCUGCAUCAUGAAAAUGCAAUUGUAGUUUGAAAUGUAUAUCAGUAAACAUUUAUAUUAAGAUGCAUAAGGCUGAAAAAUUGACAACAACAAAAAAUAUGGUUGCUAGCUACCUAUGUAAAUAUUGAGUUAUAUAGCUGUCUACCUAACUAUGUUGAAGCUUUAACACAGUUAGCAUAGCCAGUGCCUGAGACAGAGUGAUAGCUGUCCAUCUGUUUUACCCACAACACUCGAUUUCCUUCUUUUGUCCUGUAAGUGAUUUGUAUGACAAAUGCUAACACCAACAUACUGCAAGGUGAUAUGAGGAUGUACAAAUAAACAUUUGACACAAUGACAGAAGAGAUUCUGGCUCUUAUU